UCCUCCAACUUGACUGUGUGUCUUGAGGGAAACGAUGGAAGUGGAGAGUUUCCUCCAGUCUGCCCAGUCUGAACUCAUCCAUGCUGGUUUCACAUUCAGCCCUCAUAACCAACACCCUCACCUGCUUCACACCUGCGCUUUAUGACGCUGAUGACCUCCACUGUUGUCUGCGAGGACCUCUGUGAUUCCUAUCAGUGACAAGUAAACCUCUCCUCUCUGUUUUCCCGCAGCUUCUCAGAUGAUUGGAGGUAAAGAAGAUGAGGGGGUGGACAGCAACGACCCGGAGGAGAUGUUCCAGAACAUUCAGUUCCAGAAAGAGAUCAUUGCCAACAUCCGGACCAGACCAUGGCCGAUGAAACGCAAGCUCAACGUCCUGAAGCACGCCAGGGAGAUUGUUCUGAAGUAUGAAGGCCAGCUGACCAGAACCAGAGGCUAUCAGACAGCUGGAGCCGACCUGCUGAAGAAACUGUACCGGCUGCUGAACAACAUCGUGGUGAUCUUUAUUCCGUGGGAAGUACGGAUCAAGAAAAUUGAAAGUCAUUUUGGAUCAGGUGUGGCCUCAUAUUUUAUUUUCCUACGCUGGCUGUUCGGCAUCAAUAUUGUCCUCACCAUCAUGACCGGAGCAUUUGUUGUCCUACCAGAGCUGCUGGCUGGAGCUCCCUUUGGAACAACGAGAAGCAAAACCAUCCCCAAAGAGCACCUAGCAUCGGCCCAGGACUUGGACACCAUCUGGUCCCUCGGGGGCUACCUGCAGUACUCCGUUCUGUUUUACGGCUACUACGGUCGCGUCAGGAAGAUUGGCGGCGCAGGGUACCGGCUACCUCUGGCGUACUUCCUUGUGGGGAUGGCCGUCUUUGCCUACAGUUUCAUCAUUCUGUUACGAAAAAUGGCGAAGAACUCUCGUCUGAGUCUGGCCAGUGCUUCUGAUGAGAACUUCACCUUCUGCUGGAGAGUCUUCUGUGCCUGGGAUUACCUGAUAGGAAACCCAGAGGCUGCAGAGUGCAAGGGAGCUGCUAUUGUCAACAACAUCAGGGAAGCCAUUGUUGAGGAGCAGGAGAAGAAGAAAGACACCAGUCUGGCAGUUCUGAUCAGUCUGCGGAUAUUAGCCAACAUACUGGUGCUGCUGUCCUUAGCCGGAAGCAUUUACAUCAUCUACUUUGUGGUGGACCGUUCCCAGAAACUGGAGCAGGAGAAGGCGGAGCUAACACUGUGGGAAAAGAACGAGGUGAGUGUCGUAGUGUCGCUCAUCACCAUGAUCGCGCCCUCUGCCUUCGAGCUGGUGGCUCAGCUGGAGAUGUACCACCCAAGAACCUCACUGAGGUUCCAGCUGGCUAGAGUGCUGGUGUUAUACUUGGGAAACCUCUACAGCCUGAUCAUCGCUCUCCUGGAUAAAGUGAACAGCAUGAACUCUGCUCAUCAGGGAAGUUCGGCUAACUGGUCUGACCCUAUCUCCCUCCUGGUUUCUACAUCCCAGUCUGAGACACACAGUCUGUCAACCCGCAUGUCAAAGAUCUCUGCUUUUGAGCAUCACAACAUCACUGUGGCAACAAUGACCACAGCUCUGAACGUUACCAGCAAUAACAGGGGCCAUUCAGGGAGCAUCUACAACCAGACGGCUCCUUUUGAGAAGAAUGCACGAUCCCAGCAGGACCAGUGUUGGGAGACUUACGUUGGACAGGAAAUGUUGAAGCUGUCCAUCAUUGACAUGAUCUUCACAGUGGCCAGCAUCUUACUCAUAGACUUCAUCAGAGGUCUGGUGGUUCGCUAUCUGAGUGACUGCUGCUGCUGGGACUUGGAGAGCAAGUUUCCUGAAUAUGGAGAAUUCAAAAUAGCAGAGAAUGUCCUUCAUUUGAUUUAUAACCAAGGCAUGAUCUGGAUGGGAGCGUUCUUCUCUCCAUGCCUUCCUGCCUUUAACGUGCUGAAGCUGAUUGGUCUCAUGUAUCUAAGGAGCUGGGCCGUUCUCACCUGUAAUGUUCCCCAUCAGCAGGUCUUUCGUGCUUCCAGAUCCAACAACUUCUACCUGACUAUGUUACUGUUCAUGCUGUUCCUGUGUAUGCUGCCCACCAUCUUCGCUAUCGUCAAAUACAGACCAUCUCAGCACUGUGGGCCGUUCAGUGGCCAGGAGAAGAUUUAUGACAUCAUCUCAGAGACAGUAGCUGCUGACUUCCCGGUGUGGUUCAGUAAGGUGAUGAGCUACAUCACCAGCCCUGUAGUGGUUCUGCCAGCCUUGCUGCUGCUGUUGUAAGAUGUUUCACACACACACACACACACACACACACACACACACACACACACACACACACACACACACACACACACACACACACACACACACACUUAUUUAUGUUUGUGCGGACCUCCACUAACUUUCAUUCAUUUUGAUGACUCCACUAUGCCUAACCCAGGGGUCGGUAACCUUUUCCCAUCAAAGAGCCGUUAUUCCCCGUUUCCCAGAGGAAAGAAAACACUGAGAGCCACAGCAACUGCGGCAUUGUGGGUGGAGCCUAAUUGGCCUGGGCAGGUGCCCAUUUUUACUGCGUCACACGUGUCUCCUUUUAAAACGUGUUUAAACUGAAUACAAAUCCAGGCUCUGUCUCGUUGGAUUGUUGUAAUUAAACUUUGUACUGGAUAAAACUUUACAUUAAACAAUGUUAAAGGUAAUAAAAUGAUCAGAUCAACUCAUUUUCCCCUCAUUUACAGUGACGGAGACAACGGCGCCGAGCGCCUCGCUCUGGUGUUAAACAGGUUUAAUGUUUCUGUCUGCAACAAUCUUUAGUUCAAAUCUAUCAUUCAAAUCUUUAGUUCAAAUAUUUAGUUCAAAUCUUUAGUUAAACUAUUUAGUUCAAAUCUUUAGUUCAAAUAUUUAGUUUAUUUAGUCCAAAACUUUAGUUCAAAUCUUUAGUUCAAAUAUUUAGUUAAACUAUUUAGUUCAAAUCUUUAGUUCAAAUAUUUAGUUCCAUCCAUCCAUCCAUCCAUCCAUCCAUCGAGUUAAACUAUUUAGUCCAAAUCUAUCGUUCACAUCUUUAGUUCAAAUAUUUAGUUCAAAUAUUUAGUUAAACUAUUUAGUUC